AAAUUCUUCUUAUUUUAGGUAGCCAAUCACAUUCAGUUUAGCUUUUAUCAGUAAAACCUCAUGCAUAUUCUUUCCUGAUUACGUCAACGAUCUGGUGUGUAUAUAUAGGCUGCAAAGUGUAGUAAUUGUCACUAAUCGUCCAGGUUCGUUCACCAAAAGACACUUCAAGAUGAUCCCUGCUGUUGUCCUCCUUUGCCUCGUUGCUGGCGCUAUCGCUCUGCCAGUCAACACUGACUACUAUCCUAAAUCUCAAGGAUAUGGAGGACAUAAAAUUAAUGGCGGUUUCAUCGGCAUCAACAACAACGGAUUUGAAAGCAGCAUCUUGGGGCUUAACGGUGGAAAUUCCGCUGCUGCUGCUGCUGCUGCCGCAAGCGGCUUGAACUCCGCUGCCGCCGCCGCUGCUGCCUCCAAUGCAGCUUCAACAGGUUUAAACAAUGGAUUUGAUGCUGAAUAUGGAUUGUUUGGAGGAAACUCAGCUGCCGCUGCUGCUGCAUCAUCUGCACAAAGGACAUCAUUCAAUGGACUCCAUGGGCACUCAGAACAGCAUUUAAUUGGCUCUAACUACGGACCAUUCGUUCAUCAGGUCCAACCCGUACAAUUCCAAGCUGUUCAACAAUUUCCAGGUCUGGGAGGUUCCUCUGCUGCUGCUGCCGCCGCCGCUGCUGGUCAGCAAAGUGCAGCCGCUGCUGCUGCCGCCGCUGCUGGUCAAAAUGCUGCCGCUGCUGCUGCCGCCGCUGCUGGUAGAAACGCCGCCGCAGCUGCCGCCGCUGCAGCUGGACAAAAUGCUGCCGCUGCUGCUGCUGCCUCUGCAUCUGGUGCUAACUUCGGAUCUCAUUUAGGAAUUAGAGGUUCCCAGUUUGCUGGUCAGAUUGGUGGUCAAUUUGUUCAACCAUCUCCCUACUACCCCAAUGUUGUCGGACAAAACUCUGGAUCUGCCGCCGCUGCUGCCGCUGCCUCUAACAAUGCAGCUGCUGCCGCCGCCGCUUCAGCUUCUGCCAAUGGAUUUAAUGGUGGAAUUAUUGGAGGAUCAACUGGUGUCAUUGGUUCAAAAUUUGUACCAGGAAAGAAAUAUUAAUAUGAAUUAACAUUUCAUUCGUUCGUGAAAAGUUUGAAGAUAUUUUUUUUUGGUCUGUGAUAUGCAUGUUUCUCUUAUGCCGGUGAAAAUGUGUAUUUAUUAUCAUUUUUGUUAUAUUUAUUGGUAAUCUACAUUCAAUAAAUAUAUUUUACAAA